AUGAGCUCAUCAGGACAGACCAACUUAGGAUCUUCCUGUUCCACGCAAGGAGGACAGAGUAGUACUCAGCCACCUCUGAGCCACUCGCCUUCGUUUCAAGUUCCUGAGUCGGAAAGUUCUGCUCGUGCAGCUCCUCGGGUGCAGGUCCUAACGGUGGAUCAGGUACUACUUCAGGAGGGUCGUCAUCUGUUAACACAGCUCCAUCCCCUCCUACAAGAUGAAGCAACUUGGUUUGGAAUAUCUAAUAAUGGCAUCACUAAGUGCAUCUUGAGGAUGUUGCAUUCGCUCCUCAAACACCCAUAUCCCACAUAUUCGAGUAUGCCAGCCGAUGAAAAAGAGAUGUGGUUCAGGACAUUUGCACAAGAGUUUAACUGGGACUCUGUUUACACAAGUCUUGUUCGUACAUGCUUCCACCAGGCAGCCGCUAGUUCUUUCACCCACAACAUGAACGAGUGGAAGGCAAAGUGGAAAAAGGGGAGCCAAAAGAAACCAAAGGGCAUGAACGCCUUUGUUUGGCAAGAAAUGCCGAAACAUUGGCUGUUACCAGAGACUGAAAAUGAUUCGCUCAUCCACUCAAAUAACCGGAUGAGCAAUCGAAAUGGUUUGGGGAUCUCGGUGCACAACUCUGGCGCUACUAGCACUAAGACCCGCCAAUUACAAAUGACCAAGGAAGCUGGUUGUGUGUGUCCAGAUUAUCUGACGCUUGUAGAAGACACACACACCAACAAGAAAACCGGAGAGAUUCAGGAUCCCGCCAUCAGAGAUAUCGUCGAGACAGUGAAGAAGAGAAAGUAA